CAAGGCAGAGCAAUCUUUGUGAGUGAAACAUCACCAAUUCCCGCUGUGUGGAUAAGUCACCAGAAUGCAUCAGGACACAGACAAAUUACCCUUUAUAGUAGCAGCAAAAGCAAUAUUCUUAGUUCCACCGGAUGGCUAACAGAUUCAGAGGUUGAAGCUGCUCAAGAUCUCCUGAAAAGUCAGUUUCCUUUAGUUGAUGGCUUGGAAGAUCCAAGUAUUGUUGGUGAUCUAGUGACUCCUGUUGCAAGUGCAUUUGUACAGAUAAUCAACACAGGGUCACACUGGGUGUGUCUCAAUGUCAUUUCCUGUCCCACUGGGGAAGUCAAAGUAUAUGAUAGUCUGUAUGGAAGCCCUGUCAGGAAAACAGUACAACAUGCAUGUAGAAUGUUGCACUACAAAGGCAACAUAGUUGAAAUUAGGAAUCAGAAAGUGCAAAAGCGGAAGGGCUACAAUGACUGUGCACUCUUUGCUAUAGCCUUUGCCACCACUCUAUGCCAUGGUGGUGACCCCACCACCAAGAGAUGA